AAAUAAAACCAUAAUGUAAAAAUUAUAUUAUUGUGUAUAUAUGCACCCAUUAAUCCAACAUGUAUAAAUAUACUGAUCAGAUUCUAUUAGAAUUAAUAUUACAAAGAUAUAACAUUUAAGCAAUGAGAUACUAAAGUUUUAGUGCAAAAUUAUAAAGAGAAGUGAUUAUGUAACAUAUCACAAAUAGAGCUUUACAAACUAAACUACAUAUUUUACAGACAAAUAGAAUAUAUCAUAAUUAUUUAGACGAGUGGUUGCGGAAUAACAGAUGGUAUAAUGAUCCGAAGUGUUCACCAAUAAAGAAAUGAACUCAAUUAUGAUGGUAUACUCUCGUUUACUAAAGGUAUUUAAGGUUUUGGUUUGACGUUAAGGGUUGGUUCAAUAAACACUUUGACAUUCAAGUUAGUGGCUAUCAGAGAUAAGAAAUAUUUUAGGGUUAGAAAGUGUGUAUCUAGAUUUUGAGGUAUACACUAGACUUAUUGUUCAAUUCUAGGGUGUUAGGUCCCAACAACCUUCUGUUUUGAGACAUAUGUCUUCGAGUGAUAACAUUCCAUAACAUCUAACUUUUAUCCGACGACCCAUGGUCUUUGGAGGUCGUUUUAUGUGUCAAAGUUCUUAUUUGACCAUUGAAAGACUCAUCGGCUCAAGUAAGAAUAGUAGCCCCAAGCCUUCCUUAUCUGAUGUAGCCAAGCGUGACUUGCGUCCUUGGUCGCCCCUUGUUUCCUAUAAGUUUUUGUGACCUUAGUUGGUCUUCGGUGAUUAUUUUAUUCUUCGGAACCUGGCUUGUCAUUCUUGAUCUUUGGAAUUCCCUUUUACCUUGUCAAGAUAUGAUGGGACUCUUCGACAUAUGUUAACUUUGCUUCGUGACACUUUUUGUUUAUGGUGUGUAGGGUGAUGACCUUUCAAUAAGUGUAUAUGAUUACUUUCUAAGAGUCAUAACUGUAAUUAUGACUUUUAUGACACUAUCUCUAUUGACGCGUCACUCGUUUUACCUAUGGACAUCUGAGCUUGGGGGACUUUGAUAAUUGGUAUUCCCCUAGUACUUAUGAUGCGACCAAUUGUGAGUUGAACUUGAUCAUCACUUCCUCAACACUCAUCUUGAGUGCUACGUAAAAUCUAGCUAGACAAGCUUCAUACUCUACUUAGUUUUUUGAACUUUGAAGUAUGAAAUUCGAAUCUUACCGCAACCUCGAGCAUGAGACAUUGGUCCCUUUCUCAAAGAUUUCUUAAACAAUAGCCUUUCGCGCUGGAUGAGCCUCUAUAAAUACCAUCCACAUGAAGAGUGCUUUUGACUCAUCGGUUGUGGUUAUUGUGAUACAGUCAUCUAGAGCCGAUGCUUUGAGCCCUUUCAAUGGUUGGUAAGAGAUGUUGUACUAAGAAAUUCUAAAACUCAUUUUGUCUUCCUCUCUGCUAGAUCUGGUCUUCUAGGUCUAGGUCCAUUUAGAAGAGUAUGAUUGAUGGUGUAGUCCGUUCCUACCACAACCGGGUGUGCCAGGAAAUAAUGUCUCGAUUUCCUCAUCGCAAUUACAAGGCUCAAGAUGGUUUUCUCUACCUUUUGAUAGCGUACUUCCGACCCUUGCAGUACCUAUAUGAUGAAAUGCAUUAGAUGUUGGGAGAUGUCGUCUUCUCGUACCAAAAUGACCCUUAUGGCCUCCAAUGACAUGAAGAGAUAAAUCAAAAGUGUCUCACUAGCGUUUGGAUGGACUACAACAGGUGGGCGCGAUAAUACUUCUUUGAGAUUGGUAAAGGCAGCAUAACAUUCAGUGUCCAUUCAAAUGUGUUCUCCUUCCUUAAUGGUUUAUAAAAUGGUAGUAAAGCAUAAUGAGAGGAUUUGAAGAUAAACCGUGUCGUUUAGUUUAUAAAAUUAUAAAGACUAUUUUUUUGCUCUUGUUCAGAAUAUUUUUUUAACUAUUACACAUAAAAUACUUGGAAUUUCUUCUACUAAAUCAAAAACAGUAAACAAUGUUGUCUACUAUUCUCUAUGGCAAUAAUUUUUAAUUUCUCUCCAACGUUUGUGAAGUUAAUAGCUGUUGUAUUGAAUCUUUAUUUAUUUUGGUCUUAAUACAUUUCAUAUUUGUUUCUCAAAAAACACAGACUCAAAACAAAAUAAUGCCUAUUCAAAAGGACACCAAACCAAUAUUUCUAACAAGUUGUUUUGGAUUUUGUACUAAGUACCGGAGGAUAUAUGAAAGGGAUACGGAAUUUAAAAGACUAAUAAGAUUCGUAGAUGAAAGGGAAAAGGAGAUUAAAAGAAUAAUGAAACAUAAAGUUAAAUCUGGAAAUAUAGGAAGUUAUCCUCACAGUCUUCCAGUUAUCCGAUACUCUAAUGUUACAAGUUACAUUUCCUUUAAAAGCAGGGAGUUUGAAUACAAAAAUCUGUUGGAUGCACUAAGAGAUGAAAAUAACUUUAUAACGGUAUUGCAAGGGAUGACUGGUAUUGGAAAAACUUCAAUGGCCCUAGAAGUGAUAAGAGAAUUAGAGAAAUUUGAGCGAUUCACCCAUUUCAUUUAUGUGACCGUUUCAUUCACUCCUAAUAUAAAAGAGAUUAAAGAUGCUAUUCUUGAAUCUUUUGGCUUGAAUUGGAAGGACUAUAGUGAAUCAGACAAAACCAUAAAAAUAUUGAAUAGAUUAACAAAUGGAGAGAAAAUUCUUCUGCUAAUGGAUGACAUGUGGGGUCAAUUCCCACUUGAUUUUGAAGAAAUCGGGAUUCCAAAUUCAGACAAUCACAAAGGUUGCAGAGUUCUUGUAACCUCUCGCAGUAAGCAAAUAUUCAACACAAUGAGUUGUGUCAAGAGAAUUGAACUCGACCUUUUAUCCGAAGAAGAUGCAUGGAUCAUGUUUCAAAAAUAUUCCUGCAUGGGUAAUAGAUGCCCAAGAGUAGUGAUUAGCAUUGGACGUGAAAUUGCAAAGGAAUGUAAACAAUUACCAGCCGCAAUUGCAAUUAUCGGUAGUAGUUUAAGAGGCCAUCGAGUAAUGCAAGAGUGGGCUAUGAAAUUACGGUCAUUGAAGAAGCAUGUAUCCUAUCACGGGGUUGAUGAUGAUAUGGUUGAACUUUAUGAAUGGUUGAAGGUUAGCUAUGAUUAUAUAAAAGGCGAAGAAGCCAAGGAAUUGUUCCUCUUAUUUUCUGUAUUAGGAGAAAAUGAAGAAAUUUCUGUUGAAGUUCUAACCAGAUUUUCCAUAGGAGCGGGGCUUUUUGAGGAAGAUUAUCGGGCUCGUGAAAAAGUGGUUGUAGCCAAAAAUAAACUGCUAGAUUCUUAUUUGUUAUUGGGGGUCGGCGAAAAAAAUGUAAAAAUGCAUGGUUUGGUUCGUGAUAUGGCUCAAUGGAUAAAAGAAAAAGAGAUUCAAAAGUCUUUGGUUGAAAGGAAAGUAAAUAUUCAAUAUUUAUCAUGUGAAGGGAAGGAUAAGGGUUUGUUUUCCAGUAAGUUUGAUGAUUCCAAACUUGAGAUUCUAAUUGUCAAAGUGGACAGUGAUAAAGACCACAAAUGUAUGGAAGUUCCAACUUCUUUCUUUGAAAAUAUGGCCAAGCUUCGAGUUUUGUGUUUUUCAGGAAAUGAUGAUUAUCCACUACUAUCAUUACCAAAUUCAAUUCAGUCAUUGACAAAUAUUCGAUCUAUAUUGAUUAAGACUGUGGAUUUAGGUGACAUCUCUAUCAUGGGAAAACUGCAAAGUCUUGAGACUCUUGAAUUGAUUCAAUGCACAAUCAAUGAACUUCCAAAAGAAAUUGCAAAUCUAGAGAAAUUUAAAUUGUUGAACUUGGAGCACUGUGUAAUUAGCUCGGGUGACCCAUUUGAAGUUAUUAAAAGAUGCUCAUCACUUGAAGGAUUGUAUUUCAUAGAUAGUUUUAAUUGUUUCUGUGGAGAAAUAACAUUACCUCAAUUGCGAAGAUAUCAAAUCUGUAAAGGGUGGGCUGUAUGGAAUAAUUGGCUAUCGAAAUGUGUGGUUUUUCCUAUAAAUGGUGAUGCAUAUAGGUUUUCAAAAGAAACAUUCAACUAUUGUAUGCAAACAGCAGAGGUUCUUCUACUAAACGGAAUUAAGGGGAAGUGGAGAAAUCUCAUGCCUGAGAUUGUUCCUAUAAAUCUAGGUAUGAAUGAUCUUGUUGAGCUUUGCUUGAGUUGUGUUUCGCAAAUACAGCUCCUCGUUGACACGAUUGGUUAUCAAAUGCCAAAUGUCUUAUCCAAGUUGGUAGUACUAAAACUGGAUAGGAUAGAAAAUUUGAAAGAACUAUUUAAUGGUGCUCUAUCCGUUGAUUGUUUGACGAAUUUAGAGAAGGUGUCAAUCAAGGACUGUAAACAUCUGCGAAGUUUGUUUAAAUGCAAGCUAAAUCUCUUCAGUCUAAAGGUCAUCGAACUGCAGAAUUGCCCGAUGUUAGUUUCCUUAUUUUCUCAACGGCUGACUUCUGGAAGCCUGGUGCUACUAGAGACAUUGAAAAUAGCUCAUUGCGAAAGACUGAAAAACAUAAUAGUAGAUGAAAAGAGAGAGGAGGAAUCAAGCAUGGAAAUGGAUGACGAAGAUAAUAGUAACGAAUAUCAUGGAUUAAUGUUUCCAAAACUAAAAGUGCUUGAUAUUGAAGGAUGUCCUCUAUUAGAGUCUAUAUUUCCUUUUCUAUUUGCUCAAGACAUUCCAGUAAUACAAACUAUUAAAAUUAAAAGAUGCGAUGGGUUGAAAUACGUAUUUGGCGUAUACCAACAUGUUGAAUUCCGUUCACUAAGGCAAUUGGAGCUCUGCCAUUCACCAAAUUUCACUUAUAUGUUUCGCGAAUCUAAGCAUCUCAUAUCUUCAUCUGUGAAGGGGUCAACAUCUUCCAUUCCAUUGGUUGAUGUUGAGCAGCCGCAUGACAAUUCAUUGGCACUGGAAUCCAAUUCAUAUCGCUUUCAUAUAUGGGAACGUACUCAAUGUCUUCAAAUACAGUCAAUGAUCCUUUACAAUAUUCGAAAGAUUGAACUGUCUCAUAUCUCCAAGAUAAAAUCGGUAUUUAUCGUAUCUGUCGUUCCAAAAUUGUUGGUGGAAAGUUUGACAAUUAGGAACUGUGAUGAAUUGAAGCACAUAAUAGACUUCGGAGAUUAUGACAGUGGCAGCAAUAAUUGGGGCAAUAUCUUCCCAAAAUUGGAAGAGCUCUACAUUGAAGGUUGCACGCAAUUGAAAUACAUACUUGGACGCGACACUCUUGAUCAAGAAAACCACCUUAAGAUUCUGCUUCGUCUUCCGAAAUUGAAAUUUCUAAGUCUUCGCAAUCUUUCAAGUUUAGUCGCGAUCUGUCCCAAAAAAUAUCGUAUAAAAUUCCCUCCUUCGGCAAAACUUGAACUAAUAGAAUGUCCUCUGGCUACUAUCAAAUCUAUUGGUAAUUUCAAAAUGCACCCGGUGUCAGAAUCGCUCGACAGUACAAUCAUAAAGGAAUAUGGUGAUGACCAAAUAGCCAUACCUUCGUCUUCAAGUUCCACAAAAGAGCCACAUGCUGGGAAAGUUGAAGGUUCAGAGGAAACAAAUCAGAAUAAAAAUCUAGGUUCUCUAGAUGAUGAUGCUUUCAUUAAAGUAAGCUCAACUACUAACCAACAGUUUCCUAAAGGUUUUCCAAAUGGGACUGAAGUUGAAGCAACAUCUGGAUAUGAAAUCAACAUUGAUCAGUCAAACGAGUUUGAAAUCAUGGAGACAAAAAAGAAACAACCAACAAAGGGAAAGCAAGAAUUUGUUGUAAACGUUCCAACAUUAAAGAAUCAAUUUGACAUGUAAUCUAAUACGCUAACCAUAAUAACUAACUGUUAGUUAUAAUAGUUAAGAAAUUGUUAGAGAUUAGUAUUCAAUAAGAGCUUGUGUAUUGUACAUAGCAUGGACUUUAAUUAUACUAUAAAUAACACUUGUAUCCACCUUUUAAAUUCAAUGAAGUUAGUUGAAAUUAC